AUGAACGGCCCGCCUGGCGUGACGCUCAAUCAUAUGGGCCAGGCUGUCGAGACGGACGAGGUCAAGGGGCAAUGGACCCAGAUACGGUCUGUAUGGGUCAAGAACUACAAGGCCGAACCGGCCGUCAUCGCCACGAGGCUCAAGAAUUCGGCACGCUCAGCUCUCGAGUCUCGGCCGGCCGACAUCCACAUCGGUGUCGGCCCUGACAUUGCACCCAUGAAUGCCAUCAAGGGGACCAAACUUACUAUACUGGGGACAACAAUUGACUUGGCGUCGUUCAACGCACCUGAUAUGGACGAACCAGGUCCCGACGUAAGAGUCGCGCAACCUCUUUACAACAAGUCCAUCCAGGCCUACUUGCAGUCAACGAUGAACAUCAAUCCCCCGCCGCAUGUGAAGUUGCCUUCACGCGCGGAAGCUUUUGAACUAUCUCAGUGGUACUUUGUUUUUGUCUUUCCGUUCCUCCCCGUCUUACACAAACCAACGUAUCUGGAAAUGCUGGCCAAAAUAUACGACGACCCGAGUUUCCAGCCGACUGUGGCAGAACUGGUCAUGGUGCACAUGGUCGUCGCUUCAAUUUACUAUCAGCAGUCUCUUCGCGCACCUCCAGGAGCCGUGGACUACAAUGAGCUGUCCAAUCGUCACUACCACUUCGCGCUGGGAAAGUUUUUCGACCUGGCGUCGUCACAGACCAUAUCUGCCGUCCAAGCCAUGGCCAUGAUUGCUGCUCAUGGCCGCAGCUUCCCCAAACCAGGUUGCGGUUUUGUUGUAGCCCACUAUGCGUUUCUGCGGGCUGUUGACAUGAACCUCCACCGGGCUGUCAAGCAGGAGGGCGAGACGACAAAUCUGGACCUGGAGAUUCGCAAGCGGACGUGGUGGACGAUUCUUGCUGUUUGUGUCACCCUAGCCGGACGACUAGGGCGACCCAUGCCAAUCACCGUUGACGAGUACGACAUUGAGUUUCCCGAGCCUGUAGCGGAUGAGCUGCUCACCCCGGAUGGACUGCUUGCUAGCUCUAGCACAUCGCAGUGCGAAUUCCAUCCUGGACUCGCUGGGUUUCGCAUCAUUCCUCUGCUGAUCGAGAUGUACACCAAUAUUUACAGCGUCAAGCGCGAUCCUACCACCUAUGUCGAUGUUGUCGAUACUCUCGAGGAGAAGCUUCGCAUGUGGAAAGAAGACCACCCACCCUCGCUGCGACCAGACCUUCCCACAAAUGAUCCCCAAGAUGGCCAGCAGCACAUGUAUCAGCUCUAUGUUGAGAUGAUGGAGCUUGAGCUCCGCCUGGCACUUCGCAGCCCCUCGGUGGCUAUGACGACUGACCGCAAGAUUUUGGCCGAGAAUUCACACAUAUGCGAGGAGACAGCUGCCCGCAUGCUAGAGCAUGCAAAGGCCCUUCACAAACUCAAGUGUCUCGACGUGACGUGGUACCAGAUUGCCAUUUUCGCGGCAGCCAUGUUCACAACGCUCGUGGCGCACUGGGAAAGGCGUUUUGACCCGAACGAGCAGAGCUCGACACUGCGGCGCGACAUGACAGAUUGGCUGAGCAUCAUUCACUCUAUUGCUGUUGCUCUUGGCUCGGGUGAACACAUCUACAAACAACUCAGUGCCAAGGUCGACUCGACUUUGCGCUGGAUUGAACACGACCGGCAGCAACAGCAGCAACAGCAGCAGCAGCGGCAGCAGCAUCGACAAAGACAACAGCAAGAGGAGGCGAAUGCUCAUCUUCAAUCUCAACUGGCUGCAAUGCCAGAAAUCAAACAGGAAAUUGUAGAGGGUUCUUUCCCCGCGUCAUCCGGCCCUCAGGCAGUGCUGCCCACACAGACUGUGCCGUCCAUGGCGAAGGCCUACUACGAUGAUCCGAACCACAACGGCGGCACAGCAUAUUCCCAGCUCGCGUAUACGGAACCGACAACGCAGGCAGGAAUGUUGUCGUCGUACGACAGCAGCUACCUGUAUCCCGCCUCUACACCAGAAAGUGCUACUUCCAUCAUGAACAGUGGCAUAUCCACGGCGAAUCACAAUCCUCUAGUGGCUUUCGCAUCGCAGGCGACGCAACAAGUGAUCCAACCCGAGUCCCCGGCCGUGGACCAGUACCUUUGGCGUCACGUAACAGCGCCAACUGCGCAAGGCACCAACUGGGGCGACUGGGCAGCAGCCAUGUCUGCCAGCCAGGAACGAUACGGCGCGAACGCGCUCCUCAAUAUGGGAACUGUACCACGCGAGACGCAUGUGCCAGCCGACAUGGUCAGCAUGAAUGCUGCGUCAGCAGGACAGUGGCCGACGCUUCUAUGGAACGACAACCAGUCAGAGCAUUGACGCGAGCGUGUGAAUUUAAGGGCAAUGACUGGAAAACCUUGCUUGAUUCACGAUCAUCAUUGAGUUUGGUACGGAGUUUACGAAAAAGGCUGGAUAGAGACACUGGCGUUUGGCAUCUCCUGCAGUCACUUGUCUGGGGUAGCGGGCAUGACAUGGCGUCGGUGGUGGGGAUGGCGUUCAUCGGAGACGGGCGGCUCCCGCGGUCGGGCUAUGUAAUAUGACAUUUUGGCUGGCGGGGUAACGUGGAGGGGCCUGAGAUACCCAACGAAUUGAUUGACUUGACGAUGAGCGUCUUUGAUG